UCUAAUAUAACCAUAAGUUGGCUUAAGAGGUUAUUAAUUUAAUGCUUAAUAAGACAAUAAGUCUUUAUUUUGUAUUAAAAUGGAUGAACUAAUUGUAGGGACCUAUGAAGGAUUUUUGCUGGGAUAUUCACUGCUACCUCAAGAAGAUGGACGGAAAUUAAAACAAACGUUUGCAACGCAUUCUCAUACAGCGUCAGUACGUUGCAUAUCAAUUGCUGGUAAAUUUUUAGCUUCAGGUGGAACAGACGACAAAGUGGUCGUAAUAGAUUUAAAAACACGUAAAGAGCAUACAGUUCUCAUGAAUCAUGACGGCACAGUGAAUGCCGUUGCUUUUACUCAUGGAGGGACGCAUUUGCUCACAGGCAGUGAUGAUGGAUGUAUAAUUGUAACUAGAACAGGCAAUUGGCAAACUGAGAAAAUCUGGAAAAAAGCUCACGGUGGUCAACCUGUAACUGCCAUUUCUGUUCACCCAUCAGAUAAGUUAGCACUAAGUAUUGGAGGUGAUAAAACGCUACGAACUUGGAAUCUUGUAAAGGGUCGUCCAGCAUUUACAAUCAAUCUUGGAAGCAAAGGAGUAACUCUGCCAACUGAAAUUAAAUUUUCACCUACUGGUGAUAGGUUCUCACUUAUUUCUUUACAGAAUAUUGAUGUAUGGACUAUUAGCAAAGCAGGAUUAGAAAAACGCUUGACAUGCAAUUCAAAACCUAGCACAGCUCAAUGGACUGAUGAUGAUAGGUUAUUUGUUGGUCUUGAAAAUGGGAAUUUAAUUAAGUUCACAGUAUCAGAAACGCGUGCACAAACAUUUCAGGCCCACAAACAAAGAGUAAAGUGCAUGCAUUAUGAAAAUGAAACUUUAUAUACUGCUUCAAGUACGGGUGAGCUAAAAUCUUGGUCUAUUAAUGACAAUAUAUUAGAGGAAAUCUGCUCUGCAAAUGCCGCUUGCAGAGUUACUUGUGUAGCAUUAAAUAGGCAGAGUCACCUAAUUAAGAAAGAAAAAUCUGAUGAUGAGAUUGAAGAACAAAAUGUCUCAGAUAACAGUGAAAAUAUUUCUGACACUGAUACAAAUAAUGUACAAAAAACCUCAUUGAAAAGAAAACCCGGCGCAUUUGUAACAAUUAGUUAUGAUGAUAAAGAAGCCGAAGAAAAUAAACCAUCUCCAGCAAAGAAAACAAAGAGGAAGAAGAGAAAUAAGAAGAAAAAUAAAAAUGUUGAAUAAUAA